AUGGGAGCCUGUGAAUCAGUGGAUGCCCGGAAAGCUCGAGAAGCAGCCCUGGUAUCGAAGAAAAUCGAUAAGGAACUGGAACGAAAGAGUAAUGGUAACAUGGAGCAAAAACUGUUAUUACUUGGACCUGGUGAAAGUGGAAAAAGCACCUGUUUGAAACAGUUGAAAAUAUUGCACGCGAAUGGCUAUUCGGAGCAGGAGAUCCAAGAAAAGAAGUUUGUCGUCUACAUGAACAUCGUUCAAGCGAUGAGCGCUCUUCUGGAAGCUAAAGAUACACUGGGAAUCCCUUUCGACAACAGUUCCAUGGAGUUUAUUGAAUGGAGUCCGGAGUUGCAAUCAGCUAUACGUGAACUAUGGGCAGACGCCCCAUAUGAAGUGGAAUUAUGUGUAAACAAAAUUUUAUACGUCAUUAUUAUAAUGUUAGUUUAUUCCAGUUUUUUCAACGAUUUGGAUCGAAUAUCGAAGAAAAACUAUAAACCGUCGUUACUGGAUAUUUUACACACCCGAGUGCCAACGUCUGGAGUUGUUCAGUUCUAUUUUACAAUGAAAGGCAUCAAUUUUGAGGUUUUCGAUGUGGGUGGUCAGCGAUCGGAGAGGCGGAAAUGGAUUCAUUGUUUUGACAAUGUAAAUGCCGUUAUUUAUGUAGCAGCUAUAAGUGAAUACGAUCAAGUGCUACGGGAAGACAACAAAACGAAUCGACUCAAAGAAGCUUUAUUGUUAUUCGAUGGCGUUAUCAACAAUCAAUAUUUUAAAGAUGUAUCCGUUAUAUUAUUUCUUAAUAAAAAAGAUUUAUUCGCGGAGAAAAUAUUAUACGUAUCUGAUAAUUCACUUUCAGCUGAACGAGACGGCAGUGGUUAUGCAGCUUCAGUCGCGUACAUAAGGAGGCGAUUCGAGAAUGCUCUCACAAAGCAUGCGAAAAAACCGUAUGUUCAUGAGACCUGUGCAACAGAUACCAAUCAGGUGCAGGUCGUUAUCAACUCCGUUAUCGACACCAUUGUACAGGAGAAUCUGAAAGAUACCGGAAUGAUCUGA